UAGUUUUAACCUUUGUUCAUAGCUGUAUUCCACUUCCAGCAAAACAUCAGAGGUGGUUUUCUGCCAUCUGUUGCAGUGGAGUUCAAAAGGAGCACGUGUUGUUGAGGUUGGCACAUUCUCUUAGCUUUGUGCUAAGUUGACUGGAUGGUAGGAUAGAUGGACUCUCUUCCUAAUCAUUACGAUGACAGCAUCUCAGCUGCAAGCACAUCUGAUGUCCAAGACCGACUUUCAGCCUUAGAGCUGAGAGUACAACAACAAGAAGAUGAAAUCACUGUCCUAAAAGCAGCAUUGGCUGAUGUGCUAAGGCGCCUUGCUAUCUCUGAAGACCAUGUAGCUUCUGUGAGAAAAUCAGCUCCAAGUAAAGGUCAGCCAAGCCUCCGAGAAGCUAUCUCGAUGUCCUGUAUAACCAAUGGGAGUACAGGAAGCAGGAAAACAAGCCACAGUUCCUCUGUAUCUGUUGCCAGAAAAGAAACUUUUUCAUCUGCUGCAAAAAGCGGUACAGAAAAAAAGAAGGAAAAACCUCCUGGACAGAAAGAAAAAAAAGAGGAAUCUCAUUCUAAUGAUCAAAGUCCACAAACUCAAGCAUCACCUUCUCCCCAGCCGCCCUCACAGACUCUCCAAACACACAGGCAAACUCCAGAAAGCAAGAGUUCUGCUCCAACUAAAAGCAUAAAGAGGUCGUUGACUGCUGAAAAACCUCACAGUGCUUGGGAGAGCUCAGAUGACAGUCGUAACAAGCUACUGAGAGUAGCAUCAACAUCUAAAUUAAUAUCGAAAGUGGCAAAGAAUGCAGACAAGCACAAAGAUGUCAUCAUCAGCCAAGCAAAAAUGUCAACUCGUGAAAAAAACAGCCAAGAGGGAGAAUAUAUCAAGAUGUUCAUGCGGGGUCGACCAAUCACAAUGUUCAUUCCUUCUGAUGUAGAAAACUAUGAUGAUAUUAGGACUGAGCUGCCUCCUGAAAAGUUAAAACUGGAGUGGGUAUAUGGGUAUCGUGGAAGAGAUUGUAGAGCCAAUGUUUACCUCCUUCCUACCGGAGAAAUUGUAUAUUUCAUAGCAUCAGUUGUGGUACUAUUUAAUUAUGAAGAGAGAACUCAACGACACUACCUGGGUCAUACAGACUGCGUUAAAUGUCUUGCAGUUCAUCCAGACAAAAUUAGAAUUGCAACAGGACAGUUAGCUGGAGUGGAUAAAGAUGGAAGGCCCUUGCAGCCCCAUGUUAGAGUGUGGGACUCAGUGAGCCUGGUGACACUGCAGGUUAUCGGCCUGGGGACUUUCGAGCGUGGAGUUGGGUGCUUGGAUUUUUCGAAAGCGGAUUCUGGUACUCAUUUGUGUGUAAUUGAUGACUCUAAUGAGCAUAUGCUCACUGUAUGGGAUUGGCAGAAAAAAUCAAAAGUAGCAGAAAUAAAGACUACAAAUGAAGUUGUGCUCGCUGUAGAAUUCCAUCCAACUGAUGCAAAUACCAUAAUAACGUGUGGCAAAUCUCAUAUAUUUUUUUGGACUUGGAGUGGCAAUUCGUUAUCAAGGAAGCAAGGGAUAUUUGGGAAAUAUGAAAAGCCCAAAUUUGUUCAGUGUUUGGCUUUUUUGGGAAAUGGUGAUGUGCUCACUGGAGACUCAGGUGGGAUAAUACUUAUAUGGGGCAAAACUACUGUAGAAUCUACUCCAGGAAAAGGACCUAAAGGAGUAUAUCAGAUAAGCAGACAAAUCAAAGCUCACGAUGGCAGUGUAUUUACCCUCUGUCAAAUGAGGAAUGGGAUGCUGCUAACAGGAGGUGGGAAAGACCGAAAGAUCAUUCUGUGGGAUCAUGACUUGAAUCCCGAAAGGGAAAUUGAGGUUCCUGAUCAGUAUGGAACAAUAAGAGCAGUAGCAGAAGGAAAAGCAGAUCAAUUUUUAGUGGGUACUUCACGAAACUUUGUUUUACGUGGAACAUUUAAUGAUGGUUUCCUAGUAGAAGUACAGGGACAUACAGAUGAACUCUGGGGACUGGCAUCACAUCCUUUCAAAGACUUAUUUUUAACUUGUGCUCAAGAUAGGCAAGUUUGUAUGUGGAACUCUGUGGACCACACACUGGAAUGGACCAGGCUGCUAGAUGAACCGGGCCACUGUGCCGACUUCCAUCCCAGCGGAGCGGUGGUUGCAAUAGGAACGCAUUCAGGACGGUGGUUUGUUCUGGAUGCAGAAACAAGGGAUCUGGUCUCAAUACACACUGAUGGCAAUGAGCAGCUCUCAGUGAUGCGCUAUUCAGUAGAUGGCACCUUACUUGCAGUUGGGUCCCAUGACAACUUUAUUUACCUCUACAUAGUAACAGAAAAUGGAAGAAAGUAUAGCAGACAUGGAAAAUGCACUGGACAUUCCAGCUAUAUUACACACCUUGAUUGGUCCCCAGACAACAAGCAUAUAAUGUCAAACUCAGGAGACUAUGAAAUACUAUACUGGGACAUUCCAAGUGGCUGCAAGUUAAUCAGGAAUCGUUCUGACUGUAAGGAUAUAGAUUGGACGACAUACACUUGUGUGCUAGGCUUUCAAGUGUUUGGAGUAUGGCCUGAAGGAUCAGAUGGGACAGACAUAAAUGCUCUUGUCAGAUCCCAUAAUCGAAAAGUGAUAGCAGUUGCUGAUGAUUUUUGUAAGGUCCAUCUCUUUCAGUAUCCCUGUUCCAAGCCAAAGGCUCCGAGUCACAAAUACAGUGCUCACAGUAGUCAUGUGACAAAUGUCAGCUUUACCCAUAGUGAUAGUCACUUGAUCUCAACUGGAGGGAAAGACAUGAGUAUUAUCCAAUGGAAACUUGUGGAGAAGGUAACUCUACCACAAAAUGACAUUGUUGUAGACAUCGGUGCAACCAAAGUGCCCAUUUCUGCCAGUGAGAAUGCUGUACAGUCUCCUGCUCCCCUCCCGCAGCCUUUUAACGAAAUGAACCAAAUUGAAAGUGUAACUGGCAGCUCUCCGGCCUCCUUGGAGAGCAACUUGGAGCAGUCUGCAGAGGCCAGUGAGGAACAGAGCGAGGAGCAAAGUGAUGGGAGCAGCCUGGACCCCGCCGAGCCAGGCUACGAGGAGCCCUCCAACGAGACGAGUGAGGAGCACAGCGAGUCCACGGUCACUGAGGAGCAGCAGGAGAACUCGCCAGAGUCAUAAUGCUCCCAGCUCAGACGGUUGUUAUUGUCCCUUGGUGUGCGUGCUUUCAUUACAGGGUGAGGGUUCAAAUAGGCAAAAGUAGCUGAGAUUCAUGACCACUCCAGCUUUUUGAGUUUUGGUGAAAUUUUUAGUCUGAGCUUCAGUUCAAUAUGUGGAACCAUCCCAAGGGCCUGGCUUCGAUGGUUUGUAUCAAGAUCUGGUCAAAGUUAGUAGUGGACAUUAUCAUAGAUCCAUUGUAGUUCUGAAAUUGCUGUUAGGAAGUGGCAUGAAAUAUAUACUGGAAAAAAAGGUUAGCUCUAAGAAUUAGCUGAGAUAGACCACCUUACCUAUGUGAAAGGGCUUUCUGAAAGAGCUAAGCUGAUGGGAAGCACUGAGCAAUUCCAGCUGAGGAGUUACUGUGCUGCUUUUUCUAGGUGCGAAGACAAACAAAAACCAAAAAUCUCUUGGUAGGGCUGUUUUCCUUUGUUUUUUCUUAGUGAGAAAAAUAGAGGAAAAACAAUGUAAUGAUGCCACGUGUAUGGCAAUGCCUUCUUGAUCUAACACAUAUGCAAUUUUCUAACACUACUAAUUCCUAGUGGAGUCUGGACAUGCUCACAGUUGGUCUGCCCUGGGUGCUGCUAGUUCUAAGGCAAAUCCUAUUGAGGAAUGGUGUCAGCUGUUCCAUUUUUUUAGGCUACUUAAUAACAGACUAACCAAAUACUGGUGUGUUUCACUUUUCAUGACCUGAAAGUUGAUUUAAACAGUAGGAUCCAAUUGUCUCUUCAAAGAAUUGCCUAGAGAGUCUUUACAGUGACUUUGAUGUGAAUGGCAGAGAAUGUGCGACAAGAACACAAGUCAGAUGGGCUCCAGAGUUAAGCUUUAAGCCUUCAAGCAGAACUUGCUCCAUCCGUAGUAGGAGAAAAAUACAGUUAACUUAAAUUAUUAAAUUGGUGCUUGGGAUUAGUAUUAGUAUUAGUCGGUAAUUUUUUUCUUAAUUUUUAGAGGUAACUCUAGGAAUCAUUAAACUGCAAUCUUUUUCUUUUUUCUUUUU